AUGAAGGCACACCCAAAUACGAAAAACGGGUACUGGUUGAAGAAGUUAUCAAUAGAAACUAGAACAUAUUCGAUAUUGAUUUUGUCACCGUUGGCAUCCACGUCCGUCGCCACAUCAACGAGGCAUGGAAAUGGAGUGAAGAGGUUGAAGGCGGUGAAUGAGAAGAAGGGUUUUGCUAAAGCGUUGGGAGAACGCGUUCGGAUUGCGGAGAGUGAGAGUGGAGAGUGGAUAAGGAGAGAGAAGAAGAGAGAUGAAAUCCAUGGGAGGGAGAUUUUGCAUAGACACAUGAUCAAGUAA